CGCAAAGCUUGGGCCAAGCUGCAAAGUGACAAGGGCCAAAUUUUUUGACACCAGCUCAAUGGCACGAUUUUCCAGUUGGCAGCUUUGAGAUCCAUCAGUCGCGUUUUGAUAGGACACCCACCAGUCCCCUUAUCGACACUUGCGAUCUUACUUUUCUGUUUAUAUUUUUCGUUUGUUUGUUAUUGGUGUACGGUUAGAAUUUGGUGCGUCGUUUCUAUUACAACUGGGACAACUUUGGCGCAGGCGCACCAACAUUUCCGGCCCGCGCUCACAACAAUGCUCUCACGGUUAGCAAUCCGCACUUUGCGUGCGCCAGCCCUCCAGGGACUGGGAAGGACGACAGCAGCUAGGCAGACAACAUCUCUCCUUGCCGCGCGAACAUGGACGCGAGGGAUGGCAAAGAACAACAAACCCGCCCCAACACCUAGCCAACAAACCAGCAAGUCCAACGCGCCAUCCGAGGAGCAAGCGUCAAGUCCAGCACCUAAGCAGUCAGAAAAUGCCACCAAGCCGGAGGCAUCUGAUGCACAACCUGAACAAGUACCCUUCAACCUCCCCGACCUCACAAAAGGUCUGCCAUCCACAUUCGAGUACGAGGCGUCCGGCGCAGAUAAGGCAUCGAAGAUGGCUCUGGAAGGGGUGGCAUCGGCAGGGGGACGCGGGAAGGGCGAGCUUCCCGCAUCGGCUUACGUCUCAUCUUCAGACCGAAGGCGGCAAAAGGUUGCCCAAUGGGUAUUUUAUGGAUUUGUGGCCGGUGGUCUUUUCGGUGUCGUAUUCCUGGGAAGGAACUGGGAGGACGAGGAGGAGCGUGCAAAGCAUGCCGAUGUGCCAGAUGGCUGGACGCCUGUGCUUUGGUGGAAGCGUGCGAUGGCCCGCAUGGGCGACACGGUCAGCUACUACCAAGAACCAGCUUUUGAGAAGCUCCUGCCUGAUCCCGAUCCGGUGAACUCUCCCCCAUACACUCUGUGCAUUAGCUUGGAAGAUCUGCUUGUCCACAGCGAGUGGACAAGGGAUCAUGGGUGGCGUGUAGCCAAGCGUCCCGGCGUCGACUACUUCAUUCGCUACCUCAGCCAGUACUAUGAGUUGGUGCUGUUCACAUCCGUCCCGUACGGGAUUGCCGAGCCUCUUUGGCGUAAGAUGGAUCCUUUUAGAUUUGUUCAAUGGCCACUUUUCCGAGAGGCGACCAAGUAUGUGGAUGGAAAGAUCGUCAAGGACCUAUCUUACCUGAACCGUGACCUUUCCAAGGUUAUCAUCAUUGACACAAACCCGGAGCACGUGAGCGCUCAACCGGAGAACGCUAUAAUCCUACCCAAGUGGACAGGUGACGCACAAGACAAAGAUCUUGUAGCGCUUAUCCCGUUCCUCGAGUACAUUCACACUAUGCAAUACCCCGAUGUGCGCAAGGUGCUCAAAUCCUUCGAGGGCAAGAACAUUUCCGAAGAGUUUGCCCGCCGUGAGGCUAUCGCACGAAAGAAGUUUCAGGAGCAGCUUGAGCAGAACCGCAAGAAGCACCCUAACAAGCCUGGCGCCGGCGUCUUUGGUGCCCUUGGCAACGCCUUUGGCCUCAAGCCCAGCAAGAUGAGCAUGAUGGUCCCCGUCGAGGGCGAGGAGAGCGUGGCGGACGCCCUGGCCCAGGGCAAGAUGCUUCAGGACAUUGCUCGUGAGCGUGGUCAGAGGCAAUACGAGCGCAUCGACAAGAUGGUGCGCGAGAACGGCGAGAAGUGGCUCAAGGAGGAGGCCGAGAUGAUGGAGAAAAUGCAGGCCGAGGCCAUGGCCAACAUGAAGACGGGCUUCAUGGGUUGGUUCGGCUCAUCUGAGCAGAAGGAUGGAGCAAAGGACGAGCCAAAGAAGGCCUGAUCUAACAAGCAAGCACGCGUUUUCGAUGGAACGUAGAGAUGGCUCACUGCCGGGUUGCUCUACUGUCGACAACAUAUCCUCUCUUCUCUAAAUUAUGUUGGUCAUUUACGUAACAUUUUUUGGUGCUGCGGGACCCGUACUGGCUGGGUUGUCCGGGUACCUUGGAGGUUUCGUCUUUUUUUCCGGCGCGGGGUGCACUUAUAGAGUGACGUUCUCAUCUGGGAUGUCAGUUGUGGGAUGGUCUGUACGCCUUAACUGUACUAUAUUGUCUAUAUUACCCACUUACGGGAAGAAAAUAAUACCAAUGAUAACAAAAAGCAUUCUUUGUCAGCGAGCUUUCCGAGAGAUGAAAUAUACGGCUAUUGCAUCCGAGCAAUCAGCUGCCAGAUAAUGC